AGAUGUCUUCAUCACGAUUCCUCGAGUGCAUUCACUCAAAUGCUGCCCAUAAUUAAUUCACGUCGCUCUGGAGUUGUCUUUAACUCGGAAUCAGCUGUGACAAAUGUUGGUCUGACCAAUGUGUCAACGUGAUGGCGGUAUUCCCACAAACAUAUGAUGCACACUACUUUACAGGAAACAGGCAUAGCUUUCCGUUCGGACAUUCUUUAAAGCCAAUGUGUACCUUGUUCCAUUGUAUACAAAACUGCUUUCUAAAGUCUCCAAGAAUAAAUCUUGCGAGUAACGCAUUCCUUACCCAUAUGCACACAUACUCUCUCUCAAUAUUUGAAACAUUUAAUCUGGGAAAUAUUUCCUUGACAGUGAUUACAUGUUCAUCAUCCCUGAGAGGGGGAAAUAAUACUUACAACUCCAGACGCUAUUUUUGUAUAACAAAAGUUGCCUGCGACACAACAGAGACACAGAUUUCUCCAGGUUCACCUGCAGAUGGUCAGUUUUAUAUACAGGUCAGUUUAGGUCAACGGAAUGGCCGACCUGAAGAAGCUUUGCAUAUGGAUAACAUACGUGGUACUUUAUACCGAAGCUGGUCCAUGUUUGGACAACCAGCACUGUUCAGACUGUGACGUCAAUACGGGACAUUGCCUCACUGAGUGUGAAAUGGGGUACUAUGAUCUAAAAUGUUUCUCUGUGUGCGAUGGUCAUUGUAAAGGUAACCCGUGUAAUCUGUCUGCCGACGGUAGUGGACGGUGCAACGAGGGUUGUGUGCCAGGAUAUCAAGGUAUUGGGUGCAACAUACCAUGUGACAGUCCAGGAGGUAGCUGUACAGCAUGUCCAGGUGGUUGUGAUGGAGGAUAUUGUCAGGUGGGGUCAUCCUGUGUGUCUGGAUGUGUAGACUCCUACUACGGGACUGGCUGUAAGAAAUGUUCAAGUGGAUGUACGUCAUGCAACAGGUCGACAGGUACAUGUGAUGACAUACCAGGUAACAACGUGGAACUGGCUACAGCACUAUCUACAGGACUAGCUGUAGCCUCUCUCCUUGUCAUGGUAAUGGCCACUCUGGUUGCGUGCUGCAGUUACUGUCAACGUUUGAGAUCAGAAAGGUUCCAGCUGUACGUCACUCCUACCCAGGACAUGGACGUGUCCCCAGAGGCAGGAGAUGCUCCUCAGUACGAUGUCGUUGAUGAAGCAAAGAUGUACGACGGGCUCACCUGUGAGGGACAACCUGCCUCUGCCAGCUGUUCUGGCUGUGAGGGACAACCUGCCUCUGCCAGCUGUUCUGGCUAUGAGGAGUUGAGGUCGGUACAUAAGUAGAAUGCAUCAAGUGACCUGGAAAGUGCAGACACCGCUGUGAGCGAGAACGUGUCACUUGAAGCUUUGUUUGUUUGUAUAACGCAGCAAUCGAGAACAUUCGAACUGUCUGGACCAGACAACUCAGUGAUCAACGUCAUGAACAUCGAUUUACGCAAAAAUAAUGAGAUACAAUGACAUGUGUCAGCGAUACCAACCGGAACCGGUAGUCGCUUCUUACCACAAGCAAUGAAUGAUUGUACUGCGGUAAUGUUCUCAUCGAAACGGGGUUGGUAGUUUUGACUAAUGGUACAUAUAUCCCUGCUGUCCCUCGAUCAAACAGCUCUGUAUGAUGUAUGGGAUGGGGGUGUAGGCUAAUGGUACAGAUAUCCCUGGUGUCCCUCGAUCAAACAGCUCUGUAUGAUGUAUGGGAUGGGGGUGUAGACUAAUGGUACAGGUAUCCCUGCUGUUCCUCGAUCAAACAGCUCUGUAUGAUGUAUGGGAUGGGGGUGUAGACUAAUGGUACAGGUAUCCCUGCUGUCCCUCGAUCAAACAGCUCUGUAUGAUGUAGAUGAUGGGGGUGUAGACUAAUGGUACAGAUAUCCCUGCUGUCCCUCGAUCAAACAGCUCUGUAUGAUGUAUGGGAUUGGGGUGUAGACUAAUGGUACAGGUAUCCCUGCUGUCCCUCGAUCAAACAGCUCUGUAUGAUGUAGAUGAUGGGGGUGUAGACUAAUGAUACAGAUAUCCCUGCUGUCCCUCGAUCAAACAGCUCUGUAUGAUGUAUGGGAUGGGGGUGUAGACUAAUGGUACAGGUAUCCUUGCUGUCCCUCGAUCAAACAGCUCUGUAUGAUGUAUGGGAUUGGGGUGUAGACUAAUGGUACAGAUAUCCCUGCUGUCCCUCGAUCAAACAGCUCUGUAUGAUGUAGAGGAUUGGGGUGUAGACUAAUGGUACAGGUAUCCCUGCUGUCCCUCGAUCAAACAGCUCUGUAUGAUGUAGAUGAUGGGGGUGUAGACUAAUGAUACAGAUAUCCCUGCUGUCCCUCGAUCAAACAGCUCUGUAUGAUGUAGAUGAUGGGGGUGUAGACUAAUGAUACAGAUAUCCCUGCUGUCCCUCGAUCAAACAGCUCUGUAUGAUGUAUUGGAUGGGGGUGUAGACUAAUGGUACAGGUAUCCCUGCUGUCCCUCGAUCAAACAGCUCUGUAUGAUGUAGAGGACGGGGGUGUAGACUAAUGGUACAGGUAUCCUUGCUGUCCCUCGAUCAAACAGCUCUGUAUGAUGUAGGGAAAGGGGUGCAGACUAAUGGUACAGGUAUCCUUGCUGUCCCUCGAUCAAACAGCUCUGUAUGAUGUAUGGGAUGGGUGUGUAGACUAAUGGUACAGGUAUCCCUGCUGUCCCUCGAUCAAACAGCUCUGUAUGAUGUACGGGAUGGGGGUGUAGACUAAUGGUACAGGUAUCCCUGCUGUCCCUCCAUCAAACAGCUCUGUAUGAUGUAGGGGAUGGGGGUGUAGACUAAUGGUACAGAUAUCCCUGCUGUCCCUCCAUCAAACAGCUCUGUAUGAUGUAGGGGAUGGGGGUGUAGACUAAUGGUACAGGUAUCCCUGGUGUCCCUCGAUCAAACAGCUCUGUAUGAUGUAGGGGAUGGGGGUGUAGACUAAUGGUACAGAUAUCCCUGCUGUCCCUCGAUCAAACAGCUCUGUAUGAUGUAUGGGAUUGGGGUGUAGACUAAUGGUACAGAUAUCCUUGCUGUCCCUCGAUCAAACAGCUCUGUACGAUGUACGGGAUGGGGGUGUAGACUAAUGGUACAGGUAUCCCUGGUGUCCCUCGAUCAAACAGCUCUGUAUGAUGUAGGGGAUGGGGGUGUAGACUAAUGGUACAGAUAUCCCUGCUGUCCCUCGAUCAAACAGCUCUGUAUGAUGUAGAGGAUGGGGGUGUAGACUAAUGGUACAGGUAUCCCUGCUGUCCCUCGAUCAAACAGCUCUGUAUGAUGUAGAGGAUGGGGGUGUAGACUAAUGGUACAGAUAUCCCUGCUGUCCCUCCAUCAAACAGCUCUGUAUGAUGUAGGGGAUGGGGGUGUAGACUAAUGGUACAGAUAUCCCUGCUGUCCCUCGAUCAAACAGCUCUGUAUGAUGUAUGGGAUUGGGGUGUAGACUAAUGGUACAGAUAUCCCUGCUGUCCCUCGAUCAAACAGCUCUGUAUGAUGUAGAGGAUGGGGGUGUAGACUAAUGGUACAGGUAUCCCUGCUGUCCCUCGAUCAAACAGCUCUGUAUGAUGUAGAGGAUGGGGGUGUAGACUAAUGGUACAGAUAUCCCUGCUGUCCCUCGAUCCAACAGCUCUGUAUGAUGUAGGGGAUUGGGGUGUAGACUAAUGGUACAGGUAUCCCUGCUGUCCCUCGAUCAAACAGCUCUGUAUGAUGUACGGGAUGGGGGUGUAGACUAAUGGUACAGGUAUGCCUGCUGUCCCUCGAUCAAACAGCUCUGUAUGAUGUAGAUGAUGGGAGUGUAGACUAAUGGUACAGGUAUCCCUGCUGUCCCUCGAUCAAACAGCUCUGUAUGAUGUAGGGGAUGGGGGUGUAGACUAAUGGUACAGGUAUCCCUGGUGUCCCUCGAUCAAACAGCUCUGUAUGAUGUAGGGGAUGGGGGUGUAGACUAGUGGUACAGGUAUCCCUGCUGUCCCUCGAUCAAACAGCUCUGUAUGAUGUAGAGAUUGGGGGUGUAGACUUAUGGAACAGAUAUCCCUGCUGUCCCUCGAUCAAAGAGCUCUGUAUGAUGUAGAGAUUGGGGGUGUAGACUUAUGGAACAGAUAUCCCUGCUGUCCCUCUAUCAAACAGCUCUGUAUGAUGUAGAGGAUGGGGGUGUAGACUAAUGGUACAGACAUCCCUGCUGUCCCUCGAUCAAACAGCUCUGUAUGAUGUAGAGGAUGGGGGUGUAGAUUAAUGGUACAGGUAUCCCUGCUGUCCCUCUAUCGAACAGCUCUGUAUGAUGUAGGGGAUGGGGGUGUAGACUAAUGGUACAGGUAUCCCUGCUGUCCCUCGAUCAAACAGCUCUGUAUGAUGUAGAGGAUGAGGGUGUAGGCUAGUGGUACAUAUAUCCCUGCUGUCCCUCGAUCAAACAGCUCUGUAUGAUUUAUGGAAUGGGGAUGUUUUCCUAUUAAUGCGGUAUUCGGACAUUUAGCUCCGUGCCGACUGGUUUCUUCAGGGCUGAUGACUGUUUCAUUGUUGUAAAAAUUGUCUUUGAUUUGUUUUGUGAAUAAAUAGUGUAUUGCA